GAAAAAAAAAUUAGGUAUUGUUUUUUCUCACUCGCACAUUACCUGGUAUAGAGCAUGCUCGGUCUAUCUAUACUAUGUCUAUGGUAGAAUCCUUACUGUACAAAUGCUGUGCUAAUUGGUUAUUAAUUAACGUUAUGCGCAAGUUUCGGAAAUUAUCCCAAUUAAAAAGACGAAGAGAACGAACAUUGAACGUCCGUCUUCCCUACACAAUAAAAGACAAAAAAGACAUUGAAAGUUUAUUUGAAGGUAAUUUUUACGUGAAACUGCCAAGACAAUCUAGCAGAUCGUGUCACGUCGUCUUUUCUACCGUGGAGGAAAAACUUAACAACUACAAACAUGCAAAAAAUAAAACGGUUAAUGGGAAACGAAUUGUUAUUCAAUCACUACAUGAUCUUGCAUUUGUGAAAGAUACAAAAGACAGGAAGAUAAAAAAGAAAAUUUUUAUACCUGAAAUUAAACCAGAUAUUAAAAUUACACAAACGCUAUUUAUCUCAAACAUAGCAAAUGGAACAAAAGUGCAUGAAAUACGAGGUGCCAUUCCUGGGUGUGUUCGUGUAACCUUAUUAAAACCUUAUAAUAAAGACUUUAGGAGCGCAAUAGUUAAAAUGGAAAAUAUUCAAAUAGCAGCAAAGUAUCUCAAGGAAAAGCAGAGAUGGCCAAUUUUGAAAGGAUAUAAAAUAUGUAUGAAGUCAGAUACAAGAACUAAACACAAAAAGACAAAUCUUACAAAUGUCUUGAAGCUUUAUAAUGAGAACACAAUGGAGGAUUAUAAGCUCAGUGAGAAUUUAAAUUAUAUAGAGAAUAAUAAUGAUACUUAAGAGUAAAGAAGAGAGUGUGUAAUUAAUAAAGAUAAGAUUUUAGCUUGAAA